GUAGCAAUGUUAUCUUAAAUGGUUUUGUUUUGAGAGAAAAUGUCAGGAAUUGUGUAUAUAAAAGGGGCGUAAUUGGUGUCUGAGUCUCUUCUUGACUGUCGUGCUGAGGAUAUUCCGCGUACAUGUUUGCAUCAAGUCCUUCUGGUUAUAUCUCUCCGAUGUUUGCGGUAAAUAAUGCCGUUGUUUUCUAUUAGCAAAAUUGACUGUUAGCCACCGUGGAGCUAAAGCAGCUAACAACAGAGACUUAAAUCGGCGUUUUAGAGGUCGAAGCAUUCAAAUGUUAAUGGUUUGACGCUAGAAAGCAAACCUACACUGGGGGGUUUGUGACAUUGUGGGGAAGCCUUGUUGUCCAGCUGAGGGAAGUUACAGAGUGGAUCCAGAACUACUGACCAAGAACAUGUGAAGGUUGUAAACAAGGAUUGUGAGAAGGAAAAGGAGACUUCAGAGAGGAGCGAGGAUGACUGAGAUGAUGAAGGUCGAAGCAGAUGAACCUGGAGGGUUCAGCUUGGAGCCCUCCAUGCCUGCAGCGUCCACAUCAGAACUGGGGCAGGAGACACAAGAUAGCAAAGAUCUCAUUCAUCAGAUGUUCAAAAUUAAAGUGGUUCCUCAUGAGUGGAACCCUAGUUUGGACCCAGAUCCUCACAUAAAGGAAGAGGAGGAGGAGGAACUGUGGAUCUGUCAGGAGGCAGAGCAGUUUACUGUGAAGAAAGAAAAUGAAGAGAAACAUCAGUUAUCAGAGGUACAAGUGAUCAAAAUUGAUGACUACAGAAAGACAGAACCACCAAACAGCAGUUUGACUAACCACAUGACACAAACUGAUCAACAGGACUGUGGAAUAUCAGAACUGGACAGAAACCCUGAUCCAGUGUGUUCUUCUCAACAAAGUAAAAUGAAAGUUCACAAAAAUGGUAAAAUAUCUCAAUUGUGUUCCACAAACUCGGUUAAAGUGGGAGUUGAUGCAGGAGAGAGGCCGUUUGAUUGCAAUGUUUGCGGCAAAAGGUUCAAACGCAAGUCUCAUGUUAAAUUACACUUGAUGACACAUACUGCAAAUAGAGAGCAUAACUGUGAUAUUUGUAGUAAAGGAUUCAGACAGAAGAGUUCUCUUCAGACACAUAUGAGACGUCACACUGGAGAGAGACCGUUCGCCUGUGACCAUUGUGGCAAAAGAUUUUAUGCAAAGAAGUUUCUUACUACUCACAUGAAGGUCCAUUCAGGAGAAAAACCCUUUCCCUGUGAUGUUUGUGGUACAAGAUUUAGGGUAAAGGAAAGUCUUAAAAUUCACAUGUGGAUCCACACCACAGAGAAACCAUUCGUUUGCAAUAUUUGCAGUAAAGGGUUUUCGCAAAAAGAGAGUCUAAAAAGUCAUUUGCGUGUUCACACAGGAGAAAAACCAUUCAUUUGUUCUCUUUGUAGUAAAGGGUUUUCACGACAACAAAGUCUAAAGAGUCACAUGCAUGUUCACACAAGAGAGAAACCUUUUGUUUGUAGUGUUUGCACUAAGGGAUUUUCACAAAAGGAAAGCCUAAAAACUCAUAUGCGUGUUCACACAGGUGAAAAACCAUUUAUUUGUAGUAUCUGCAGUCAAGGGUUUUCACUAAAAGAGAGCCUGAAAACUCACAUGCGUGUUCACACAGGUGAGAAACCGUUUACUUGUGAUGUCUGCAGUAAAGGAUUUUCACUAAAAGAGAGUCUAAAGAGUCACAAGCGUGUUCACACAGGGGAAAAACCUUUUACCUGUAGUGUUUGUAGUAAGGGAUUUUCACAUUCUGGGGGUCUGAAAACACACAUGGCUGUUCACACUGCACAAUUUAGCUGUAGUGAGUGUGGCAAAUGUUUUGUAAAGGAGUUACAGAUGGAACGACACAUGAGGCUGCACUCUGAGGAGAGGCCAUAUGGUUGUGAUGUCUGUAAAAACAGAUUUAAACACAAGUGUCAUCUUGAAAGUCACAUGAAACUCCAUUCAUGAGAGAAACCAUCUGUGUUUACCGUUUCCUGUGAAGCAUUUUCUCAAGAUAUUCUCCAGAAACGCAUAAAUGUUACUGAUGGCUGCAAAUAAUUUUUAUAACCAUAGUCAACUAUGGUGGUCAAUAUCAUGAAAAAAAAAGAAAAAGAUUUUGCUUUUAAGAUCAAGAUUUUAUUUUGAUUUGCUUACAUUAACAAUAUGUAAGCUAUGUUACAUGUUAUGUUAAAUAUGUAUGUUACAUUAAAAAUAUGUAAUAUAUGUUUAAAAAAUACAAAAUUUAUUCUAUUUUAAUUAAAUUAUGUCAAGCUCAAUAGACAUUUAAGCAACAUGAAAAUUUUAUAUUAUGUUUAUUGUCCCCAAAUUAAUCUUAGUGUCCGGUUCAACUUCAGCAUCAAAGUUAUUACUAGUUUCACUUGUAGUAGUUUUAAUAUUUUCCAUGACAUUCUCACCAACACAAUUAUAAUGCCUUCUGUGUUGAAUGAUGUUGGGGAUGAAUUACAGCCUGAAACAUGGACACACAUUUCGCCCAGCAAUCAAACUGUUGAUCAGUUUCUCUUCAUAAAGAAAAUUGAUCACCUGUACCUACACUGUUUGUAGUUUAAAUUGGUUUUAUGCUAUUCCAAGUUCAGGGCACUUUAGGCCUGGACAGCUCCUUAUUGUGAAGGUUUGCUGUGUUGACAUGAAUAGAGGCAUAAACCCACAUGUUGUUGCUUUAACGGACCGGUGGUCAGUGAUAUUUCUAUCAGUUGCUUUUUAUGGGUUCCUCUUCUGUUCUCAGUUGUAAUAAACAUUUUUACUUUA